UGCCACCACUCUGUAGCAGUGAGUGGCUGCAACAAAAGCACAGAAUAACAUCUCAGCUCCUCUCCUCUGCUUUGCUUUUCCCCUCACUGAAUCUCCUCUUUCUCGGUGCCGAGAACUCCACACAACACAGCAGAGCCACACGGAACUGGCGUCGCAAGUGCAGCCUCUGUCUGCCAUCAACAAGUUAGGGAUGAAGGACAUCAAGCAAUGAAAGAGGAAUGCGUGAUCUUCAAUUAACCAAUUGAGCUGACAUCAUUGCGGUGGAAAAGGAAAGAGGCAGCUAAGGGACAGAGGGAUCUGCUCAGCGGUGCUGCUUUGGAUGCAAAUAAUCAACUUCGAAUUUAAGGAUUCUUGGGAGGCAAAUAAUGCUGGUCUUUUCUUAAUCUGGGAAUUGAAUAGCAGGACUGACAAAAAAGGACACACAAAAAAAAUAGAAAAAAACAGCAUCUCAGGACAUGGAAUGCCUGAAUUUGGUUCAACUGGGGGGGCUCAGCACUUCUUUAUUUCUCAAGAGCUUGAUUCCUUUUGUAUUAACCCAAAAGGUUUUUUUGCCUUUGGAUUUCUCUUCCAUCUGGCUGCUCCAAAAGUCUGCGGAAAAAGACAGUUGAAUGCAGCCCCCGAUGUACACAAAAGAAUGGGUUUCCAUUCAAGGUGGCCAUUGGUGGGACAAGCACCAGUGGCACUUUGUGUGAUCAGCAUGCUACUGUGCCUCCCUGUGUCAUGCACAACCUGCCCUCAGAAAUGCCGAUGUGAAGACUUGCAGUUUUACUGUGACACGCAGGGGCUCCUGGCGCCCCCAGACGGUGUGGAUAAAGGGGCCCUUGGACUUUCGCUCAGACACAACAGCAUCAGUGAGCUCAGUUCAGACCAGUUCUUUGGCUUCACCCAGCUUACAUGGCUUCACCUGGACCACAACCAAAUAACCACCGUGCAUGAGGAUGCCUUCCAGGGGCUGUACAAGCUCAAGGACCUUAACCUGAGCUCAAACCGCAUCACCAAGCUGCCAAACACAACCUUCAUCCACCUCAUCAACCUGCAGAUCUUGGAUCUCUCUUUCAACCAGAUGACAGCGCUGGAGCCUGAGCUCUUUCAUGGGCUCCGGAAGCUCCAGAUUCUACACCUGCGGUCAAACUCACUGCGCACGACACCUGUACGGGCCUUCUGGGACUGCCGGAGCCUGGAGUACCUUGGCCUGAGCAACAACCGGCUCCGUAGCUUGGCCCGGAAUGGCUUUGCCGGGUUAAUUAAGCUGCGAGAGCUCCAUUUGGAACACAAUCACUUGACCAAGAUUAACUUGGCGCACUUCCCUCGUCUGGUUGCCCUUCAGUUCCUGUAUCUUCAGUGGAACAAGAUCAACAAUUUAACAUGCACCAUGGAAUGGAAAUGGACAACUCUGGAGAAACUGGAUCUCACUGGGAAUGAAAUACGUGUACUCACCCCCGACGUGUUUGAGACUUUGCCCAACCUCAAGAUCCUGCUGCUGGAUAACAACAAACUGACCAGCCUCGACACCCAAACCAUGGAUAUGUGGAAGUCCCUAAAUGCGAUUGGGCUGUCAAGCAAUCUAUGGGAAUGUACCAAACGGAUCUGCAAUAUGGCCACUUGGCUGAGCACCUUUAAAGGUCGAUGGGAGCAUUCUAUCCUCUGCCAUAGUCCCGAGUACGCACAGGGUGAGGAAAUACUGGAUGCCGUUUACGGAUUCCAACUUUGCCAAAAUUUCUCGGCCCCGGUUGUACUGACCAGUACCAGCACGGAUGUCAUGCUCCCCGAGAUCACAAGCUCCCUGUUCGGAAAUAUGCAGACCCCUACACAAGACUUCUAUGCAGAGGAUUUUGGGAGCUUUACGAUUGUCACCACUACCACCACCACCACCCAACCCCCACGCACUGCCCUUGCUACUACCAUGACAGUAGAGGGGGCAGACGUUACAGAGGACUACUCUGCGAUGGACAACACAUUGCUGACCCAGAGGGUCAUCAUUGGCACCAUGGCUCUGUUGUUUUCCUUCUUUCUCAUCAUUUUAGUAGUGUACAUAUCACGAAAAUGCUGCCCUCCCACUCUGAGGCGGAUCCGCCAUUGUUCGGCCAUUCAGAACCGGCGACAGAUGAGGACCCAGCAGAGGCAGCCAAUGGCGGACCUGGCUACACAGGUGCCCUAUAACGAGUAUGAUCCCAGUCACGAGGAGGGUGCACUCGUGAUCAUCAAUGGCUAUGGGCAAUGCAAGUGUCAGCAACUGCCUUACAAAGAGUGUGAAGUAUAAACGAUUUAUCCCUGCAGUAUCUGGGUUUAACCAUUUGUCCAUUUCAACAGAUACAGGGUUUGCUUUUGGACUUUUUCCCCUUUUCAGUUUGUAUGAAGGAGUAUUUCUUUGAAAUUGUAAGCUUUGGAAAUCUAUGAAAGCUUGAGAUGACUGGGAUGAAUUUGAAAAGAGGAAAUAUAGAAAAAUCCACAAGUUUAUUUUUGUAAUACAAAUGCAAAGGUUCAUAUCUAGCUGGGGCAAUCAAUCUCAGCAGAGGAAGGCUGGAUGUGUCACCGCAUCACCAGUUUGUGUACUAUGUAUCCUGCAGCACAGAGGAGAUGAGAAAUCUAUAGCCAAACCGCCUGGAACCCUGUGCUCCAGAAAACAGUUUAUAAAAUGACAUAUCUUCUGAUAAAUAGUGAUAUUUUAUUUCAUGGAAAAAUAGUGUUUCAUAUGCUGAGCAGUGAAAAUUUAAAAGGAUAAAAAAAUAAAAAAUAAAAAAUAAAAAAAACUUGGUGCACGUUAGCAACACUAUAGAUCACUCAUUCACUUUUGGGGAGAGGAAACCAAAAAAAAAAAAAAAAAAAAAAGACAUCAGAUGGACACAAAGCAUAUUUUUUAAACUCACAUUUUCUAAAUUGACAACAAGUACUGUUACAAAUUGAGCCACAUAUCGAGAUUACAUUUUGGACAGGGUAUUCAACCCACUCAACAUUACUUGUGGCAGAAUAUUAUCAUUACACUUUGAUCGAGUCUUAAAUCUGAACUAAUGAGAACACUUAACUGCCUUCCCAUUUCUGCAUUUGGUUAAAUUCAAUAAACUGUCACAGCUUCCUUGAAA